AUGCCAUUCCACGGUUGCGUUUUUAGUGCGUGGCGUUGGUUCGAUAGAAUUAUACACAAUUUCUCUCACCUCAAUUGAAAGUUCUGAGACAGUUAUCUGCUUAAAACGGCAAAAAAUGGAUACGUGCUUCUUUUGCGGCGCGGUGGACGUAGAGCAGUCUUCGACGGUCAGCUAUAAGAAACUUUUUGCGAAAGUGCCGUCGUCCCAAAAAACAAUUUCCGUGGUGCUCACGCAUCUGGCGAACUGCAUAAACACAAGCAUUAAAUUAGAAGCAGACUCAAAACUUUGCCCCCGCUGUUUCGCCGAGCUGUCUGAAUACGAUACCAUAAUGGUAAAUUUAAUGACCACACAGAAGCGGCUUACGAACCAGUUAAAGGCAGCAUUGAAGUUUGAAUGUGCAGAUACUUCGGAGGAUUUGGUGGUCGAAGAAACAACACUGGAGGAUGCCGACGCCGACGUCGAUGCUGAGGCCGAAGCAUUGUUUGUGGAACUAGUCAAAGAAGAAGACGAUUCCGAUGCAGACAUUAAGCAGGAGUACGAGCAUGAGGAGGAGGACGAGGAGGAAUUCCUUUGCGAAGAAGAUGCGGUGGAGUCGGAGGGCAUGCAUGACAAAUCCGAUCUAGAUGAAAAGCCACUCAAGAAACGCAUCAAGCAGGAGUGCAGCCACUGUGGAAAACUUUACAAUUCAUGGUACCAAAUGCAGAAGCACAUCAAUGAAGACCACUCGAAUACGCAGAAUCAUAUCUGUCCCAUAUGCGGCGUCAUACGCCGAGAUGAGGAAUACCUCGAGUUGCACAUGAACUUGCAUGAAGGAAAGACCGAGAAGCAAUGCCGCUAUUGCCCAAAGAGUUUCUCCAGGCCCGUCAACACUCUGAGGCACAUGCGCAUGCACUGGGACAAGAAAAAAUAUCAGUGUGAGAAGUGUGGACUGCGCUUCUCGCAGGACAACUUGCUCUACAACCAUCGGCUCCGCCACGAAGCCGAGGAAAAUCCCAUAAUCUGCAGCAUUUGCAAUGUGUCCUUCAAAUCGCGGAAGACAUUCAACCACCACACGCUUAUACACAAGGAAAACAGACCCCGUCACUACUGCUCCGUUUGUCCCAAAUCGUUCACUGAACGCUACACCCUCAAAAUGCACAUGAAGACCCACGAAGGCGAUGUUGUCUAUGGGGUCAGGGAGGACGCUCCGUCAGACGACCAACAAGUGGUGGAGGAGCUUCACGUUGAUGUGGACGAAUCGGAACAGGCCGUAACUGUCCUCAUGUCAGACAAUGAUGAGAACAAUAGAUUUUGUUUGAUCUGCAACGCCAGCUUUGAAAAUAAAAAGGAGCUCGAGCACCACUUACAAUUUGAUCACGACGUCGUUCUAAAAUAGACUUUGACUUGUACUUUAGUAAUAUUCCCUUUUUUGUGCAACUUAACAUAAUAAACUCAUGUUAUUAAAAUCAAAAA